GGGGCUUGAGCUGAUACUUUAUAUAUUCAUCCAUUUGCACACUGUCGGUGUUUGACUUCGGUGGGACUUACCAGUCUACUACUUUUGGAGAAAGCAAUCCAGCGAAAGUCAUAUUCAGCAGAAUAUUUGAACAAACAGCCUGAUGAUGGAACUGAUAAUUAAACUGCUUAACGGACAAGUGAAGCAUCUGGAAGUGAGCGGUGACGCCACAGUUGGCGACCUCAAGAAGCUCAUUUUUCAGUACUUCGGAGAACAUCCUAACAAACAGAAGCUUUCCGCCGAUAACGGUACCCAUAUCAGUCUUGAGGAUGACUCCAGAACCCUCAGCAGUUACGGGUUGCACUCUGGAUCAGUGGUGGGUCUGCUCAUCACGAAACCUGUGCGUUCUCAAAUUUUCGUCAAGAACUUGAGCGGCCAGACCAAAACUUACGAUGUUGAUGUCAACGAGACCGUAGAUCAGCUCCAGACUAAGAUCUACAACAAAGAAAGAGUCGUCAAGGACCAGCAAAGGCUGAUUUACGGCGGCACAAAUCUGAUGUCUGGCGCGAAGCUGCAAGACUACGGCAUCGAACAGGGAAGCACCAUUCACAUGACUGGCCGUCUCCGAGGAGGUUAAUCUGUUAGAAUGUGUGAAAAAGAACUGUUACAUGAUAUAAAUGUUGUAAAUAAUAUAAACCUAUAUUAUACUCAGUAUCAGAAUAUUGGGAUUUUAACCGUUGAUUGUGCAAUAACUCACGUCUUAAGAAGUCACACAAUUCCAGUGUGCUGUAGCAGCUGCAUUUAAUAGAACUGUAUCUUUCAUCGUUAUUUGAAUGAUUUUUACUGUAGCUGUUUUGCAUCGUAAGUAAUAAAUGCUGAAAACAUUCCUAAGUUUAGUAAAGCGUAAUUUGUUUUGUUCUGUAAACUACUGCUUGACAUUUCUUAAAAUGUACAUAAAAAUGAUAUCAUUUAGACCAUGAAAUGACAACUGAUCAAAAAAAUAAAAUAAAAAAC